AUCUAAAGUGGCUCUUGUGCGAAUUAAUUACCUGAAAAUCGAUUCUAAGAUCACCUGAAAUCGGGAGGGGAGUUUUAGAUAUUCCCCACUCUCUAUUAAUAUUACAAGUAGUAGUAUUAUCUUUUCCUUUGAAAUUUGGUUCAUUAAAUAUAGUUGUAUAAAAAACCUUUUAAUAUUCUUUCCGUUUUAUAUUAAAAUUAUUUAUAUAGUAUAGUUUUAAUAUUGAAAAAUAUAUAUAGAUUUGAGGGAAAGGUGGGACAGUUUUCAUGGAUCCCAAGGGCACAAAGCAGCCACCAUCACAGGAGGAUGUACCACCACCACCACUUCUCCAACCCCACCACUUCUUGAGCCUCCCAAAUCCUUCAAUUACAACAUCAUCAUCAACAUUAAUCCCAAUUAAUAUGGUUGAUAAUUCCCACAAUCACCUUAAUCUCACCAACAACAACUCUAUUAAACCUUCUGAAAUCAAGGAUUUCCAGAUUUUAAUUGCUGACAAACAGAAUCAGCAACACCAUCAACAACAUGAGCAACAGCAACAAGAAGAUGAUCAACAACAGCAGAAUCAGCAACAGAAGAAGCAGCAACAACAAUUGGGGCCUAAAAGAAGUUCAAACAAAGACAGACAUACAAAAGUAGAAGGCAGGGGAAGAAGGAUCAGGAUGCCUGCACUCUGCGCCGCAAGAAUUUUUCAAUUGACAAGAGAACUGGGUCAUAAAUCUGAUGGAGAAACAAUCCAAUGGUUGCUACAACACGCUGAGCAGUCCAUCAUCGCCGCCACAGGGAGCGGGACGAUACCGGCUUCGGCUUUAGCAGCAUCAGGGGCCUCUGUUUCGCAACAGGGGACCUCAAUUAUCUCUGGCAUCAACCAACAACACUAUCAUCAUAAAAUUGAUGACUUGGGUGGUCCAAGUAAUAGACCUACUAAUUGGGCUGCUGCUUUGGUAGGGAUGGGUGCUGCUGGGGGUAAUUUGGGAAUUUGGCCACCUCCGCCGCAACCCCUUCAAAUGUCAACAACAUCAACAGCAAGUAUUAAUAAUAAUAACAAUAAUCCAGCAACAGCAACAACAGGAGCAACUGCAGCAACUUUGGCUGGUGAUGGUGGUAAUUACUUGCAUAAAAUUGGGUAUCCUGGGUUUGACUUAGGUGGGGCUAAUCUUGGUCAUAUGAAUUUUGGACCAAUUUUAGGACAUCAACAACAACAACAACAUCAGCAACACCAGCAACAUCAGCAACAGCAUCAUCAACAACAUCAGCAACAUCAUCAUCAACAACAUAGUAAUCAUACAAUGCCUGGUUUAGAGCUUGGUUUAUCACAAGAUGUUCAUGUUGGUGUUUUGACCCCACAAGCAUUAUCUCAGAUUUACCAACAAAUGGGUCAUUCUAGAAGUGUUCAUGAUGUUGGAAGUGGGUUGAGUUCUUUGCAUCAUCAACAACCAUCAGAUUCGAAAGACGAUUCUCAAGAUUCAGGAUGAUUGUUUUCACAAAGCUCUAGAAAAUUAGCAGUUUGAAGGUAGGAGACAGAAACAUGAGUUUCUUUUUUUUUUUUUUGGGUAUUGUAUAAUUUGCAAAGUUGAGGGAAGAUGAGAUGGAUAAAUGGGUGAUUAAUUCAGUUUAAUACUGAAUUUUCUCCCCAUUUUCUGUCUUUAAACACUCAAAAAAGAUUCACAAUUUUGGUUUUUUUCUAUUUUUUUUUUCUUUUUUUCUUUUUUUCUUUCCUUUUUCCUUAUGUAAAUUUUUAAGUGUGAUUUAGAAUUUCAUUGUCAUAGUUCUGUUGUCUGUGAUCAUAGAAUAUGCAGAGAGAGGCGUGUUGAUUAUAUUCAAAUUAGGUUUAAUUUUCAUGGAGAAAUGAGAAUCUUUGAUUUGGAUUA